CUCCCAGGGCAUGGCUGCCACCUUGUGGAUAAACUAAUUACUUACUGCAAAAAAAAAAAUUUAAAUGCUCAUGUGCGACCUGCGCAUACAAGUAUAAGCAGUUACAAAAAUCCGAAUUUUGUCAGGAGAAGAGUUUGCGCACAGUACGCACGUACUCCUGACAAAAUUCACACCACGCGCACUGUAUGCUGGCCCUCACGUACAUGUAAAAAGUGAACUAGACUUGGGGAUUUAGUUUUAUAAGGUUGUCAUAGUCACAUGGGACUUUGUAGCAUAUAAAUAUUUCAAUCGAUGUGUCAUUUAGUUGUGAGAUACUCUGUAAAUCAUAAUCUUAUUGUGUUGCAAAAUGUCUAUGCCAAGUCACAAACCAAGAUAAAUGUGAAGCGUUUAACACUUCUUUGUGAUGUUUAUUUCAAGUGUUAGACAGAAACAGAGUCUUCAGUAUAGUAAUAGCCUAUUUUAGAAAGCACUGUGUUUAUGUUCAAAUUAUGUUGUCAUGUGACUCGUUGGCUGACGUUCAAAAAUGUGACUUGGAAAUUCGUCUGUGGAGAUGUAAUUCCACUGAAGUGUAGUUUAGUGCCACAUUUCCUGUUGCUUGUGUUGUGCAUCAGAUCUCAGAUACAGGACGGCAGUCCGGAGACAGACCUUGGCGUGUGUUAUGCGGUGAUCCCCACAUCCUACUGCCAUCUCAACACAGCUGUGCCCAUUCUGCAGCUGACCACCAUAAACACCUUCGCCUGUCUUUGCCAUCCAUCAUGUCCCUCGUCACUGCUGACAAAUGGGGACAUCAUUGAUCCAGAAGAUGAGGAAGACCAUGAUGAUGGACCCCACAACCUUGAAGCAAGAGUGGGAGAAGAUCUGCAGGACAAUCUGGCUGCCACUGUGUCUGCUCCAAACAUUUGUGUGCCUGCUCUCCAUCAGCAUGACUACCUCUUCAUUACUUUUGUGGUGUGGUGGGCUAAACCAUUGAACUGAUGCUCUCGUUGGCUCUGGGCUCACUGAGGAAGAGGAGACCACAGCAACAUCUGGGCCAGAUGAGGCAAUAAGGGCAGGUGGAGUGAUGGAGGGUCUCAUCCAUGGCACUGUACCAUUUCCAGGAUGCUGCUGUGGCUCUCCAUCCUCAGUGCUCACACCAGUCUGAGGACAUUUCACAUCCUUCAAAAAUGGACAAACAUCAUACAAAUGCAAUCAUUUUAACAGCACAAUGUUGUUUGAUUUCUUUAUUAAAAGUAACAAAAUGAUCUUACAUUCUAUUUUUUGUUUCAGGUUUUCCUCUCCCCCACCCCACAAAUGCCACCACCACCUUUCCUUGAAGGUCCUGCUCCACCACAAAGCUCUGCAGAAAGUGCACAGAAAUCAAGAAUCAGAAAAGUGCUGUAAUAACUCUGUUUGAAAUUACAAUAAUUAAAAUAAACUACAACUUAAGAUUUAAA